AUGAAUUUACCAACGUCCAUAUCUUCCCAGAAUCAAGGAGGGGCUCCCCGCCAGGGGAGAGUGCCAUCUCUUCACGGCAGCACUAUUGCCCCUUCACACAUAACAGGAAAGUCUGAGGACAUUCUUGAUGUUGCUCUCCGCCAUUGGACUGAGAGCAAGGAACACGCAUCAAAGCAGCUCGGGACUCGUUUCCGUGAGCUCGCUGACACCAUCCUACCUGAUCAUGAGACUUCUGGGCUGCAAACUGGUCCUAAAAACUCCCAACAGUCAAAUCACGAUAUCGCUGCUGACUGGCAGCCUUAUAUAAAUGGCUUGCUUAACCUCACUAGAGUCGACUGUCUAGCAGAUAUCUCAGAUGGAGAAGAUCUAGACCUAUGCGCGAAAAUUCUCUACUUCUUCUGCAAGACUUUGCUAUUUUAUGAUUUCGUGGAAUUUAGAAGAAGGGCCCCUGUCCAAAGCCAGCUAGAUGAGCUGAAUGGACAUGUCUUUGAUGUCAAAUCUUGCAUUGGCUCCAUCUCUUCUACAAGUUCAGAGAUACAACGUGUCCAAGCUGCCUUUGUCGAAGUGGCAGCAUACUAUAUGGCAUUUUAUGUCGAUUUAGUCCAUUUUGUUAAAGGCAACCAAGCCUCAGUGGAUAUAGCUCUGGAAAGAUGGGAUGCAGAAUUUCGUUCUCGUAUCUUAAAGUGCUCAAAAGGAAUCACGGGGCAGAUCAAGCGCCUCAAAGAUAUAGUCGACUCUCAUCUAUCUCUUCCAACCCUGCCUCACAACAGCAGCAACAGUAACCAAGAUGUCUCCACUCAGGAGACGACAAUUUCUCCUCGACAGAAGUGUCACUAUCUUCCGAACCCUAAAAUCAAAGAUUUCUUUGGAAGGAAGAAGCAAUCUUCAUCUUUACAUUCUGCACUUGAUCACAAUUCUAACGAUGUGCGUCAUCGAGCAGUUUGUAUAUGCGGUCCUGGAGGCAUCGGUAAAACUCAGCUAGCCCUUGAAUACGCUUACAGCCGAAAGGAUCAGGUCAAUUUUAUCUUGUGGAUCAACAGCGAGAGUCAAGUUGAGAUUGACAGAAGCUUUUCAGCCAUUGCUCUUGAGCUGAGGCUUGCUGCAGUUGAAGAGGGUAGUAGGCAGGCACACCACAAACGACUGGUUUUAGACUAUUUGCAAAAUUCAGGUCAGUCUCUUAUGCUCCCCAACAGUUCUCAUACAACUCUAACCAGCGGCUCAGAUCAGGAUUUUCUCAUCAUUUUUGACAAUGUGGAAGACUUCGAUGGCAUACGCAAGCAGUGCUGGCCGCUGAGCCCACACUCAUCCCUUCUUGUCACUGCUCGCGCAGAAAUCGUGGCAGUUGAUAUGGUCCAUUGCAUUGAGGUUCCUAACCUCGAUGAGGACGAAAGUUUGGAGCUUCUACUAGCCAUUCUGGCAAAAGACUCAUACUCUAAAACGGACAGAAAGGCAGCUAAAAAGCUUGCUGAAGAUCUUGGUGGUAUGCCUUUGGCACUCGCUUUCAUGGCCAUGAAUAUCCGCAGCUCGAAGAAAUCACUUACCAACUUCUUGCCUUGGUACGAGGGACACACUGCCAAGAUUCACAAGAAGGUAUCUGCAAAGGCAUCUCUUCAGCCUUAUUACCUACAUAGCCUACAUGACUGCUUCAAGACCUCUUUUGUUCGUUUGCGAGACGAAAGCCAAGAGGGAUACGAAAUGUUCAGAAUCGCAUGUACUUUGGGAGCAGAAGCUCUACCAAGUGCACUUUUUCAAAGUCAGGAUAGCGAGAACCUCCCCUUAUCUCUGAAAUUCUGCCAAGAAGAAUGGGAUUUCGAACAGGCUAUUGAGGCCUUGAUCAAUCAAACCCUGGUCAGAGUCAAUGAGCAGGAUGAAAAUGUACUGUUCUUUGUCCACCGAGUUAUCCAAGUCGAGUUCAACAAUACACUUUCCAGUGAUGAACUGCAAGCCAACUUUCUCGCGGCUGGUAAGCUCCUGUUUCAUAAAUUUCCAAAACUUGUCAAUGGCCUUUCUUUCCGCAAGGAGUGGGCAGAGUGUGCGAAAUAUGCUGGUCAUAUUUCAGCUCUGUGCAAGCACUAUCGCUCCGAUCUUUACAAGCCAGAACCUGGUUCAAACGUUGAUGAAAUUGUGCAGUGCCUGGCAAGUUGCGCAUGGUAUUUGAGAGAAACCUCUGACUUUGCCGACUGUCUAGAGACUCUUGACGUUGCUUUCAAGCUAUGUACAGAAAAGAAGUCACUGUUGUAUGCCAGUCUGCUCAAUACUGCCGGUAUAAUUGCCACGAGACAAAAUCGAAUCGAAGAUGGCUACCUUUUUCAUCGAGAAUGCCUGGAGAUUCGAAAAGCUUUGCUUGAGGAAGAUCACGAAGAGAUCGCAAACUGUCACAACAACAUUGGCAACACUUAUCUAUCAGAAUGCCAGUACGAUGAAGCCAUCAAGGCUUAUCAAGAAGCCAUCCGCAUUGACAAAUUGCAGCCCGAAGCGGAGGCCAAAAAGAUUCUGAAUAUUCGAUACUCAAACAUCGCAGAAGCAUACAUGAUGAAAGGUGACUAUGGCCAAAUGCAAAAGUAUUUGGAUAUAAGUAGAAAGCUUGCUAUUGAUGAAUUCGGAAAAGACACGUUCUAUGACGCUGACGUCGAUUGGAUUCUUGGCCACAAACAUUACCACGACGGAGAACUGGAGAAGGCCCGCGAGCUCUACACAAGGGCCUAUGAAGUCAACAAAAGUGAAAAUCCUGACAGCAUGACAACAAAUGCCAUUUUAUACAAACUUGGUUCAAUUUCCUUGGAGCUCGGCGAAGUAGACAAAGCCAUAAACGAGCUCAGGGAUGCCCUGGAACUCGCAUAUGCUAAUAAGAAAGAGCAGGGAAACGACGGAGAAAUAGCGCGCGUGAAACGGCGGCUCGCGGACGCCCUUUAUCAAGUCGAUGGCUGCGAGGCAGAAGCAAAACGACUCCACAAGGAAGCUGAAAGCUCCCGACUAGCGAUCCAAAGCAGUGUGCCUUGCGUACUACUAGACAUUGAGAGCAGCUAUGAUUUACUUCUUGCUUAUUAUUAUCGAGGUCGACAUUUAGGCUAUGGAAAGGCUAAGAAAUACAACAUUCAAUAG